AUGGCAGACGAGGAAGGAGCAGCACCAGAAGCGCCCCCACAGGGCGAAGCUGCACCAUCUCCCAGCAAAAUGGCACCACCACCAUCUGCUAGCCAGGCUGCGGUACCGCCAUCUGCUAGCAAAGCAGCUGUGCCACCCUCUGCUAGCCAAGCGGCAGUACCACCGUCUGCUAGUAAAGCUGUGGUACAACCAUCUGCUAGUCAGGCAGUAGCACCAUCUCCAAGCAAAGCGGAAGCAGAAACAGGACGGAAACCUAGUAGAGUAGAGGCUGCACCAACACCUAGCAAAGCAGAAGCUGCACCGACUCCCAGCAAAGUAGAAGCUGCGCCGACUCCCAGCAAAGUAGAAGCUGCGCCGACUCCCAGCAAAGUAGAGGCUGCACCGACUCCCAGCAAAGCAGAGGCAGCUGUUAAACCCAGCAAAGUGGAAGCCGGAGUGGGAGAGACACCAUCAACGGAAAAGGAGCCGCAGCGGAAAUCUCGCAGCAAGAUGUCCGUGACGGCGGGCUCCCGCAUUUCAGUACUAGGUGGCCAGAGACCGGAGAGCCUGAUGCGCGUUCGGCCAGCCUCCAGGGCCUUCCAGCGGUCUGGCAGCUUCAUCUCCUUCCGCAGGAGCAGCCUCGGCUUUGACAAGAUGAAGGCCAUGUACGAGAACAGCUACGUUCUGGACCCGAAAAAGCCGUUCAGCAGUGACCGCGUGUCCUUGCUGCUGCACGACCUACUCGAGGGGGAGGAGAUGAGCUACCCGGAGCGCUACGACCCGGACAGCGCGCGUAAGCUGGCGCACGACGUCGCGGCGCAGCUGCGCGCCGGUAUCAAGGACCUGGCGUUCGACAGGUAA